CCAAGCGGUCCACAAACAUUGACCCAGUGUUGGGCGAUCGUCUCGAGACCCCACGGUUAUCAAGUUGGUGGAAAAAAUGGCGGAUGUCGACUUGAACAUCGACAGCUUGAUACAGAGAUUACUCGAAGUAUAUCACACACAGAAUAAUGAUCAGGUCCAGAAGAAGGGCAGACUAGCUGAUAUAUUCCUUUCAGAGUUUGCUGUUCGAGGAUGUCGUCCAGGGAAAUCGGUUAUCAUGACGGAGGCUGAGGUGCGUGGAUUGUGCCUGAAGAGUCGUGAGAUAUUUUUGCAACAGCCAAUACUUUUGGAAUUGGAAGCACCACUCAAAAUAUGCGGCGACAUACACGGCCAAUACACCGAUUUACUCCGGCUAUUUGAGUACGGUGGAUUUCCACCCGAGUCGAAUUAUCUUUUUCUCGGUGAUUACGUGGACAGGGGUAAACAGUCUCUGGAGACUAUUUGUCUGUUGCUUGCGUAUAAGAUCAAGUAUCCUGAGAAUUUUUUUCUCCUGAGGGGCAAUCAUGAGUGCGCGAGUAUCAACAGGAUAUAUGGGUUUUAUGAUGAGUGCAAGCGCAGGUAUAAUAUCAAAUUGUGGAAGACUUUUACGGAUUGCUUCAAUUGUCUGCCUAUUGCUGCUAUCAUCGAUGAGAAGAUAUUCUGUUGUCAUGGGGGAUUAAGUCCUGAUCUGCAGGGAAUGGAACAAAUCAGACGGAUUAUGAGACCAACUGAUGUCCCAGACACUGGACUCCUCUGCGAUCUCCUUUGGUCUGAUCCAGACAAAGAUGUUCAGGGGUGGGGAGAAAAUGAUCGAGGUGUAUCCUUCACCUUUGGCCCAGACGUAGUAUCAAAAUUCCUAAACCGUCACGAUAUGGAUCUCAUAUGCAGAGCCCAUCAGGUAGUCGAGGAUGGCUAUGAAUUUUUUGCAAAACGACAACUUGUCACGCUAUUCUCAGCCCCGAAUUACUGUGGUGAAUUCGACAAUGCAGGAGGCAUGAUGAGCGUCGAUGAGAAUCUCAUGUGUAGCUUCCAGAUUUUGAAACCAUCCGAGAAAAAAGCGAAAUAUCAGUACGGUGGUAUGAUUGCGGCGCAGACUGGAAGGCCAUCAACACCCCAGAAGAAUCCAACCAAAAAGAGCAAAAAAUGAUCGUCAUACCCAGCUGAUCCUGCAUAGCAGUCAACACUCAUGUCAUUCUAGUUGUGGGACGUCGUAUUAUCCAAUUGAGCCCAUAACGCCACAGCCGAACGUAUACAAGUACCUCUUCCUCGAUUCGCAACGUUUAAAUCGUCACUAAAGAAACUAAAAGAGAAAAAAAAAAUAUGAGGAGAACAGCCAUCGGCGGUGAAGAGAGAUAUGAGUGAUGACAGGCUUUAAAAUCAGAAAAUGAAUAACAAAUGAUGAAAAUACGAUUGAUCAUUCUUCCUGUUGACUAUUGACAGUUCAUUUGUUCUAUUAUUUUUUCAAUGGAUUUACUGUUGAAUUAUUAUCAGAGCUUAAUUUUAUUUCUCAUGCAUUAAUUAUUGAAAUUCGUACUUCCAGCCUUCAGGAGUGAGGAUGAAACGCCUUUAACGUGCAUUUCGUGAAUGUACUUUAUUUAUUGCUUAUCAAACAUUAGGUUAACUUUGUCAGUGAUCACUCGUGAUCAUUGAGAUUGAUUCAUUGAGAAUUCGCUUGUCGACUUCGUUAACAGUCAAAUUCAAUCGUUUUUUUUAUUAAUUUUUAGUGUGAGAUGUUUAGGAGCAGGAUACACCUCUUGUGCAACAAUUUUUAACGAUUUAAUUUCUUCUUUUCGUGAUGUUUGUUCAGGCAUUUAAUUUCUCGCUUACUCAGCGGCAUCGCACGUCGUUUACGUAGGCAUUUUUUUUUCUUUCAUUUGAUAUUAUUCAUGAUCCGUCUCGUCUUGAGUCACUUCCUCAGAAAUGAUACGCCGACUUGUGUGAGAAUGUCUAACCGUGAAUUAUGUGAAUGUGCGAGGGUGAAUGAUUAGAUUUUGUGAAGAGAUAAAAAAUGAUAAACAGUAUUUUUUAUGGCGAUGCCUCUGUAUAGAUAAUUAUAAGUUUUCCUCGGAAAUUUAAUGUGAGGUGGGGGAGGUUGGGGGGGAUUCUGUGAAAAUUGUUGUAGUGUUGAGAUGUACGAAAAAAAUUUGUAGAAAAACCUAGCGAAUUUGGUGGAAAAUUCGAUUGGAUUUCUUUUGAAAUGUCUACUGGCUUUUGGACAAUUCUCUUGUUCAAGGGAGAAUAUUCUAUAGAAAAAAUCAAUGGAAUCCGGUUUUUCCAGUCCACUUAUUCUAUGGAUAUAUUUUCUCAAAUUUUCAAAGUUUUUUGUUGAAUUUUUUUAAUGAAAAAAAUAGCAAAAAAAUAGGGGUAAUACACUAGAAUUCCCGCAGAAAAUGUCUCAGUAGAAAAAGUUUUAUAGAAAGUUAAAAUUCUACUGAUUUUUUACUAUAAAAUAGUUUAUAUUGAACACACGCCCAGCUUCGGAAUUCUUCUGGUUUUCCUAUGAAAUUUUUUCAUGCGUGGGAGAACAGGAGAUGAGGCAAGGAGGUUUGGAUUAUUUCAAUAAUGAGAUAAUUCAAUUAUCAAUAGUGAAAAAAAAUUCCUGCAGCAGUAGAUGAUUUCGCACAUGUCUCUGGAACGAAUACUUCCAAAGAAAAAUGUCAGGAGAUUUCUGUAGAUAAUUCUAUUGGCUACAAAAAAUAUUUAUUGAUAUUUUUCCCUAGACCCAUCGGUUCAAAAGACAUUUCUCCAUCUCCUGUGAUCACUUAACCACUGGUUUUGGUUGAUUUUGUUGUUUACGGUAGUAAAAAAUAUACCAGGUUGUGUCGUAAGAUCAAAUGAUUCGCCUUAGGUGGGCAUUGCAAUAUUCUCGUGUCCUUUCAUUGCCGUUUCAGGUAAAAAGAAGAAUUAAGAAAAAUACAAAAUUAAAAUAAUAAUAUUAAUUAAUGGUAUAAUGAUUAGUAUAAUGAGCGAAAGAUGUAAAAUUACAUGGGAUAAUUAUUAUAACUGUACAAACAUGAUUACUUUUGGUUUAUCUGUCGUAGAUAAUGUGGAGACAUUACGAUUCUUUGAGAUUUUAUCCUACCUUUUUGCCUGAAAAUUUGUUUUUUCAGGUUUAAUCGGGUGGGAAUUUUGUUGACGAGGGCAUCCCUUGUGCACUUUAUUGAUUGAAUAAUACAUAUUAAUAUUUCAAUUAUAUUAUUAUAUUAUUAUUCAUGUGUCUAUCAUUUACAUCAAGAUCAUUAUUUUGCGGUUGUUCGACAUAACGUAGUACAUUAACAGAAUCUAUAGAGCGACGGCGAAGAUUAAAGAAUAUUGAGAAUAAGAAAAACACCUCAAGUUGUAAACUUUCAGAUAAUAAAUAUCCCUAUUGUUGUAAAAAUA